AUAUUUCUUAUUUGCUGGUUAAGACUGCUGCAGACAUGGAGGAGGAAAGAGCAAUAAAGGAAAUGUGCUAUAAAUCUGGAGAGUAUUACGGGAUUCAGUCUCUUCAGGAGCACCAAUCAACAAAAACAGUGUCUUCAGCUCUGGAAGAGGAGCUACUACCUUUGGGAGCUGUCAGGAAAGAUUUGCAGAAAGGUGAUGGUAAUACAGUUCCUACAACAUUUAAUAAUUCAAAAAGGCAAGGAGUGACUUCAGUAUCAUUAAAGGAUAAUACCAGAACUAAUCUUAGAACAUUUGAAAAUGGAGGAGGUGAUUGUUUUAUGGCACAGAGAAACUUAUUUGGUGAAGGAAAAGGAAGUGAGUCAUUAGUUGGGCAAAAAGAACCAAUUAUAUCAAAAUAUUCUAACAUGAAAGCAACGAACUUCACUGAGCUGGUAAAGAAACAUCAAUUUAAAGGAGUAAAGAAAAAGAAAUGGAUUUCUGAGGAAACAAGAAAAUCGCCAAGUACAGUAACAGGCAAAGCAAUGCACACUUCAAACCCCCAAAUUAAAGCAAAUUAUCAAAGAAAUGAUCAAAUUAAGGCUGAUGAGAGCACUUCUUACAUUCCUUCUAUGAGAGCAGCUGGAAGAAGGACUUUCUUGAAUUCUUCAGAACCUGGAAGAUCAACAUAUGUAUUCUACCGUAAUGUCACAGUCUUCCAAGAACCAAAGCUCAAUGGCUGUAUGGACAAAAAUACUUCAGGACCUUAUAAUGCACCAACUUGGAGGAAAAGAAACCCACAUGCAAAAACAUUCUCUAAGCUGAGAACAACUACUCAGAGCCAAGAAGAAAUGGAAACAAAUAACUCCAAUAUUAAGCCGCUGCCUCUUCGCUCCUGUGUCUCUGUCCAGCUACAGAUGUCUCUGCAAUGCCCUCUUGAUGUGAACAGAGGCACCUGGGGCAGCGGCAGGGAGAAAGGGGCUGUAGAGAGAGAACAGUAUCACAAUGAUGCUGAGCUAGGAGCUGAGUGUCAGAAGUGGGUGAUACCGCAACCUUCCUUUAUUUACUGUCUGCAAGGAACAGAAAACAUCAUUGGUUUGGAAGAUGUGGGAGAUGCAACUUGGCCAAGAUGUGUGGGACAGGCAGACAGUGACAUGGAAGUCACCUCUAGGUGUAAGAACCUGAGGGUGAGUGGGAAGAGGCGGCACGGAUUUACCAAGGGGGAGAUGUUGCCGCCAGCCUGGGGUCGGUGCCGGCGGCGCCUCCUCGGCACAUGGCGACUGAGCGGGACCCCCGGGAGCAGCAGCCACGCGGCCGGCGCGUGA